AUGGACGGCCCCGAUCAGAUUGGACCAAGUAUAGGUCCCAAACGGACCCUGUCCGACAGACUACGGCGCAUUGUUCGCGCGUUGACAACAAAAGAUGGCCUCGUCGGCGACUACGACUAUGCCCAUCUGUUCAGGCCAAACCUGCCUUUUAUGAAAAAGUCUCGUCGCCGAGCGCCCUUCUUCGGCCUUUAUGAUAAGAUUCCGAUCCUGCUAGCUUUCCUGCUCGGUCUACAGCAUGCGCUGGCCAUGCUUGCGGGAGUAAUCACUCCCCCCCUCAUUAUCGCUGGCUCAGCUAAUUUCGACACCAAAACAACGCAAUAUCUCGUCUCGACAUCCCUGAUCGUCUCGGGAAUUCUGUCCGUGAUCCAGAUUACCCGAUUCGGCAUCUGGAAAACCCCCUACUACAUCGGUACGGGACUGAUCUCCGUCACCGGCACGUCCUUUUCCACCCUGACCGUUGCACAAAACGCGCUGUCGCAGAUGUAUUCAUCGGGCUACUGUCCCACAGACGCCGACGGAAACCAACUCGCCUGUCCACAUGGCUACGGCGCAAUCCUGGGCACAGCAUGUCUCUGCGCACUCCUCGAAAUCGGCCUAUCAUUCAUGCCAAUCAAGCUGCUCAAGCGCAUCUUCCCACCGCUAGUCACCGGUCCUACUGUCCUCCUCAUCGGAGUCAGCUUGAUCGAAAGCGGAUUCGAGGACUGGGCUGGCGGUUCAGGCUCCUGCUUGACCAAUGCUGCGUCUCGAGCUCUGUGUCCUGACGCCGCUGCUCCGCACGCCCUACCCUGGGGCAGCGCGCAGUUCAUCGGUCUCGGAUUCCUCGUGUUCCUGACCAUUAUCCUCUGCGAACGGUUCGGAGCGCCCAUCAUGAAGUCCUGCGCCGUUGUCGUCGGUCUGCUGGUCGGAUGCAUCGUGGCGGCGGCAUGUGGCUAUUUCGACCCUUCUUCCAUCAACGAAGCGCCCGUCGCAUCUUUCAUCUGGGUCGAGACAUUCCCUCUCAAGAUCUACGCGCCUCUCAUCCUCCCCUUCCUCGCACUCUACAUGGUGCUCAUGAUGGAAGCCAUCGGCGACAUCACCGCAACCUGCGACGUAUCGCGCAUCGAAGUCGAGGGCGAGACCUUCGACACUCGCAUCCGCGGUGGUGUGCUCGCCGACGGCUUCAGCGGUCUGCUCGCGGGCCUGUGCACCAUCACGCCCAUGUCGACAUUUGCGCAAAACAACGGCGUUAUCGCGCUGACGCGCUGCGCCAAUCGUAAAGCCGGUUAUUUCUGCUGCUUCUUCCUCAUUAUCAUGGGCGUCUUCUCCAAAUUUGCCGCCGCGCUGGUCGCCAUUCCGUCCCCCGUGCUCGGCGGUAUGACUACGUUCCUAUUUUCGUCCGUGGCCAUCUCCGGUGUUCGUAUCAUUUCGCUCGUGCCCUUUACGCGCCGCAAUCGGUUUAUUUUAACCGCCUCGUUCGCCGUUGGUAUGGGCGCCACGCUUGUGCCGGACUGGUUCUCGUACGUGUUCACGUACUCCGGCAACAACAAGGGGUUGACGGGGCUCAUUGAUGCGAUUGAGCUGGUCAUGACGACUGGCUUUGUCGUUACGGGUUUUAUCGCGCUCAUUUUGAACCUGCUGUUGCCUGAGGAUGACGAGGAUGAGGAUGAGGACACGCAGCUGUUGGAAAGCGAAGGUGCUGAAGAGAACAAGAACACGACUCAGACUGCCGCCGUGACCAUCCCUAUGCCUGAGACUGAGGCUGAUAAUGGAGAAGGGAAGUCAUUGAAGACAGCGUGA